AUGGCCGCGCGAAGGGUGACCGGCCCUAGUGGUUGCAGUCCGGAAGACGUAGCAGUUCCAGGUGAUGUCAUCAUUCAAGGCCAUGGUCCCUUUGAACCCACGGUGCUUGGUGAAGAUGGUGCACCCAUGCAGAUCGACCUUCCUGUCCAUGACCUUGUUGAAGCUCCGCAUCAUGCUGAUUCUUAUGAGGGAUUGAAUACACCUAAAAAGGAUCCAAUCAGCUCAACAUCAUCAUCAUGGUUUGUACCUUAUUGCAAGGAUGAGAGACUGAAACCAGCUGUUGGAAUGUUAUUUGAUACUCUUGAUGAAGUGGAAGAAUUCUACAAGACAUAUGCACAUGAAAGUGGGUUUUCGAAUUACUACCGGGGACUUAGGGAGAAAAUAAAGAAUGCGGAUGCUGAAAUAUUUGUGGCACAAAUGGAGAGGAAGAAAGAGGCAAAUUCUGCCUUCUUCUAUGAUUUUGUUGUGGAUGAGCAUGGAAAGUUACUCUACAUAUUCUGGGCUGAUGCUACAAGUAGAAAGAAUUAUAGUCAUUUUGGUGAUUUAGUGUCAGUCGAUGCAACAUAUAGCACAAACGAAUACAAUAUGAAAUUUGUACCUUUUACCGGCGUGAACCAUCAUAUGCAAAGUGUUUGCUUUGGAGCUGCUUUCAUAGUAAAUGAGAAGAUUGAGUCAUAUGAGUGGUUGUUUCGUACAUUCCUAUUGGUAAUGGGAGGAAAAGCACCAAGGCUUAUCAUAACAGAUGAAGAUGCUAGCAUGAAAUCAGCUAUUAGAACUGUUCUUCCAAACACAAUUCAUAGGUUCUGCAUGUGGCACAUUUUGGACAAAUUUCCUGAGAAGGUUGGUCCUCCUACAAAUCAAGACAAGCAGUUUUGGGCUGCUUUGAAAACUUGUGUAUGGGAUUCAGAAACUAGAGAAGAGUUUGAGACGCGGUGGAAUGCUAUCAUACCUGCUUAUGGUCUUGAGAGCAAUGGAUGGACUCCUAAGAACUACUUCAAGGUCUGA